GCAGGCGGUAGGGGAGGAUCGCUGAGUGGCACGUGGAGAGGCAGUAUUUCACUGCACUGGACGAGAGACAUUGCUGUGGAGGAGGAGAGAGAGAGAGAGAGAGAGAGUGUGAGAGAGAGGGAGAGAGAGAGAGAGAGAGAGAGAGAGAAGAGACAGGGCUUCUUCUUAUUAGUCAGACAAGUCAGCGGUGCACCUCCAUUCUCUCUAAGAUCAGCACGGCCCCCUUGACUGACACACACACACACACACACUGGAGCACACACACAUACACUGGAGCAUACACACUCUGGUGCAUACACACACCCACACCCAGUGUGUGUGAGUUGGUGGAAUGCGUCUGACAGAGCGGUCAGCCAGGGUUGAGUCACAUCGCUGGUGCUGCUGCGUUUUCUCUUCAUUCUUGGAAACACACACACACUGAGAGCUUCACACUUACACACACACACACACACACACUCCAGAGUGAGGAUAUAACAGCACUCACACAUACACACACACACACACACACAGACAACACACACACAGACACGCACUUACACACUCAUAAUCACUCACAUAAAUAUAUUUAUAUAUACAUAUAUAUAUAUAUAUAUAUAUAUAUAUACAUUUAUAUUCAUAUACAAACACACACACACACACACACACACACACACAAGGAUUUACGAGUUGACUCCUGUCAUGAUGAGCCGAUGACUGCAGCCCGUCCAUCCCUGCACUGGAGCAUGGAGCGUACUCUCACUGGACAGUAGGGACCGAGCCUGAGAGAGAGAGAGAGACUGAGCGUAUUCAGGACGAGUGUGAGGCAGGAUGGCGGUGUGUGUGCGGACCCUCACCCUCACACUUUGUGUGGUCCUGUGGGGCAACUCUGCAGUGCGAGGAGUGAAGAGCAACUCCCCCAGACUACGACUGUCCCAUAAAGAGCUGUGGGAUCUGAACAGAACAUGGGUGUUCCAGGCUGCAGAAGGGGUUCUGCAGCACUACAGCAUGCUGUUGGAUGAAACUCACGAGAGGCUGAUCAUUGGAGGGAAAGAUACACUCUAUUCUCUGAACCUGGACAGAGUCAGUGCACUUCACAGAGAGAUUCACUGGGAUAGUUCUGAAGACCAGGUGGAGGAGUGUCUCAUGCAGGGCAGGGAGAAGCCGGAAUGCGCUAACUACAUCAAGCUAAUCCAGCAGUUCAACAGCACUCAUCUGUUAGCAUGCGGGACUGGAGCCUUUAGCCCAAUGUGUGCCUACAUCAGAGUCAGCCAGGGAACGGAGCAGGAUAAAGUGUUUCGUCUGGAGUCUGAACACAUUGAGAGCGGCAGAGGCAAAUCUCCCUUCCAUCCCAACAGCCCCACAAUCUCCACUGUGUCCAGAGGGCAGCUGUUUGUAGGUCUGUACACUGAUUACUGGGAGAAUGAUGCAGCGCUGUAUCGCCUAGGCAAUCACGGCUACACCAGAACUGAAGUGGGUGAUCGGGAGCAGCUAAAUGAGCCCAAAUUUGUAGGAUCUGUGGCGAUCCCUGAUAAUGACGACCCUGCAGACGACAAAGUCUACUUCUUCUUCACUGAGAGAGUGCCCAACACAGAAGGUGGACAUAAAGCAGUGUACAGCAGAGUGGCCAGGGUGUGCGCUAAUGACCAGGGUGGUCAGCGGAUGCUGGUGAACAAGUGGAGCUCCUUCCUGAAGGCUCGUUUGAUCUGCUCCGUGGCAGGACCUAAUGGCAUUGACACACACUUUGAUGAGCUGGAGGAUGUGUUUGUGCUGAAGAAGAAGGAUGAGAAGAAUCCUGAAAUCUUUGGCUUGUUCAGCACGACCAGUGCUGUGUUUAAAGGUUAUGCGGUGUGUAUGUACAGCAUGGAGGAAAUCCGUGCAGUAUUUAACGGCCCAUUUGCGCACCGAGAGCGCUCGGACCACCACUGGAGUGUGUACGAAGGGAAAGUGCCGUACCCUCGCCCUGGAUCUUGUGCCAGUAAGAUUAAUGGGGGUCAAUUCUCCAGUUCUAAAGAAUACCCAGAUGAGGUUCUGCGAUUUGUGCGUUCGCAUCCCCUCAUGUUCCAGUCAGUGCAGCCGGUCCACAGAAGGCCCAUUCUGCUGGACACUGAUGGAAGACGCAGACUGACUGAGCUGGCAGUGGACAGAGUGGAGGCAGAGGAUGGGCAUUAUAAUGUCCUCUUCAUUGGGACAGAUGAUUCAGUCGUAUUAAAGGUGAUCACCAUCUUCAAUAAGGAGGCCAACACUGUUGAGGAAGUGCUUCUGGAGGAGUUACAAGUGUUCAAGGUGCCAGUGACCAUCACCGAGAUCAUCAUCUCCACUAAACGACAACAGCUGUAUGUCGGGUCAGAGCUGGGCGUGGCUCAGGUCCGGGUGCAUCAGUGUGGUCUGUACGGAUCAGCCUGUGCUGACUGCUGUCUGGCCAGAGACCCCUACUGUGCCUGGGAUGGACACACCUGCUCCAGAUACUACCCUGCUGGCAUUUACACCAAAAGGAGAUUCAGAAGGCAGGAUGUCCGCCACGGCAAUGCUGUUCAGCAGUGUAACGGCCUGCAGCUGAACGAGGCUCAGAGUGUGUCGGAGAAAUUGGUUUAUGGAGUGGAGAAGAACAGCACUCUGUUAGAGUGUAGGCCUCGCUCUCUCCAGGCUGUGCUCGUUUGGUACAUAUUAAAAGGAUUGGAUAUGGAAGAGAUAAAAGGUGAUGAGCAUGUCAUCCAGACACCCCAUGGUCUGCUGUUUCUGACAACAAAGAAGGCGGAUGCCGGUGUGUACGUGUGCCAGUCCGAAGAGCACGGCUUCGUCCAGACCAUAGCGAGGGUCACUCUGGAGAUCCUAGAGGAGGAACGGGUGGAGAGUCUCUUUUAUCGAGGAGAUCAUGAAGAGAGGGAUGUCCAGUUCAGAUCUUCAGGCUGCUCUUUCCCCAGCCUGCCUGCAUCCCCUGCCAACAAGCACUGGUACAAAGACUUCAUGCAGCUGAUUGGUUACAGUAACUUCCAGCGGGUGGAGCAGUACUGCGAGAGAGUGUGGUGCGCUUCCGACAGGAAGAGGAAGAAGCUCAAGGGCCUGCAGCCCAAGUGGCGCUUUAACGGGAAAAAUCGCGCACCCAGACAUACGCAAGACCACUGAUGAUCUCAUCGGUGUGGGACAACUGACAUGCCCUGAACUGAUUCUACAGACAGGAGGGUUGCGCUCAUGCUUUCAGCUUCAAUCUUCAGACAUCUUUUCCUGCCCUUUUACAAUUAUGUUGUAAUAUGAGUUCUAGUCUUAUCACAUAUAGAAAGGAAGGUUUUCUAGACACACUCUAGGGGAAUAAUGGUGCCGUAUAAAGGGUUCUUUGGAACAAUUCCAUAGAAGAACCAUGUUUGGUUUCUUAAAGAUUGUUUGAGUGGAUGGAUCUUAAAGAAAUGAGGAUGUGCAUGAGGGUGAAGAACGUGUUUAUUGCUUGAUUUCCUAAAUGCUUGCAUCUUAGGCCAAGAACCAUUGAGGGAGCUAUAGUAUAUUGUUAAGAACAUUGGUGGGCAAUGGAGUCUGGAGUCCAGCACAGUUUGAAUAGUUAGAUUUUUCUUCUGUAUCAGAGCUACUGGCCUAAACCUGACCUACUCAAUUAUUGGGUGAGUUAAAUCAGGUAUGGUUGAGUAGGAACAGAACAAAACUGGGCAGAAAUCUGGACCUCCACGGCUAGAAUUGCUCACCUUUGGUCAAGAGGGAACCAUUAUCUUGAACUUAAUUUGAAGUCCAUUUAAAAGUCAAUUUGUUCUAGCAGUACUAGUCUGUGUCUGGAAAUCUGGUCCUCAUCUUGUAAUUGGUUUGAAAUAAUGAUGCAUUAAAUAUUUGCCAACCGAAAUUAUUCCGAUAAAAAUGGCAUUAAAAGCACUUUCUGUUUUUGGCCAAAUAACAAGCAAGAGUGUGUUUUGUUUGAAUAUCUAUUGGCUUGAUUAAAAAUGUUUAGUUUUCAAUAAAUAGUUUUAAAUGUUAGCUUUUUCUUUGGAAACAAAGCAUCAAUACAUGUUCACUGUUCAUUAUGAGUUUCUUUUAGGGUUUUUCAAUUUGAAACUGUAGAGGAACCGCAUUUAGGGGUGCUUUUAGGAAGGUUUUUAGAAGAAAACAAAAUCCUGAAGGUACUUUAAAGCACCACCAGGGGCUCCUCCACAGUUCUUUUACAGUUUCAACCCCCUAAAUGUUCUGCAAACAUUUUAUACCAUUAACAGUGAUUCCUUUGGAAUUCGUUAAACAUAAAAAAACAGUAGAAAAAUGAACAAAAACCUCCAAAAAACGUGCUCAGUAUACACUUUGGAUUCAGUUUGAGCCUAAAUGUCCAUUUCAAUACUGUCCAUUUCAGUGCAUCCCUAUUUAAAAACCAGUUAGAGUGUAGAAGAUGGAGAAGAAUUGAUGUACAUGUGUAUCAUUGUGCUUGGUUGUAAAGUUGAAGUGAUGUUGAAGUGAGGAGCAUCACAACACAUGCUGAUGGCGCUCAUCCAGUGACAUAUAGCAUCUUCUCCAGAGUUCGAGGUUGGGUGGCGCUGUGAGAAGAGAUAACAGAAACAAAAUGACCACACUGUUUCAUUUCACACAGUGAAAAACACGAGCGGACACCGCCUCUGUCUGCAACGACGUGAGCUGUCACGAGAAGCUGCAGAAUAACUUCCCCGUGCUUGACAGCCCGAAUUCGGGAUUCCAGAACAAUCCUUUCCUCCUGAAUAGGAUGACCCAUCACUUCCCAAAGAGCGAGCACUGUUACUGCUCAUCCUCCAAAUCCCUGCUCACAAAGAGAGGCUCACCCAUUCUGCGCACAUUCUUUUCAGUGUUUAUCAUUAUUACUAUUUUAUAUUAAAUUAUUGUAGUUGGUGUUUGGUAGCGGUUUAGGAGUCUUGUUAGUGUGAGCUGGAAAUACAGUAUGUUAACGUUGGUGUGUAGUGUUUAUAAGCUUUCAAAACCACUGAGUGUAAAAAAAAAAAUCAUCACAGGUCCAUAUUUUCAGCUUUACAAAGCAAACCGUGAUGUACAGAUACUGUAAUUAUGAAGAAUAUGAAGUCUUGGAUUCAGCAAAAUCAAGACAAGACAAAUACAAAACAAUAACCAAUAAACCACUGAACUAAAACAACAUCCUGAUACUCAUGACUCAUGAUAUUAUGACUUCCAUGCUAAUAUAAGUGUAAUGUAUUCUGUAAUUCGGAGAUGGAUACCAAUGUAGAAAUCUGUUUCCAUGUAGUCCAAUAAACGCCAUGAGUACUUGUGUAA